AUGACUGGACACUUUCAUCCUUACCACUUAGUAGACCAAAGUCCUUGACCACUAACCGCAGCUAUUGGGGCAUUUGGGUUAACAGCCGGGUUAGUCAAGGGAUUUCAUAACAGCAACUUUAAUUUGUGUUUUAUUGGUUUAUUUAUUAUUAUUUUAACUAUAUUUCAAUGAUGACGAGAUGUGAGACGAGAAGGCACACUUCAGGGACUUCACACAAAUGCAGUAGAAUUUGGGCUUCGAUGAGGAAUAAUUCUAUUUAUUUUAUCAGAAGUUUUAUUUUUUUUUUCUUUCUUCUGGGCUUUUUUUCAUAGAAGUUUAUCUCCAACAAUCGAAUUAGGGUCUUGCUGACCCCCAGUCGGUGUUGAUGCAUUUAACCCAUUUCAAGUACCUUUAUUAAACACAGCUGUUUUGUUAGCUUCAGGAGUAACUGUUACCUGAGCACACCACAGAUUGAUCGAAAGUAACUUCAAUGAAACAUCAUAUGCGCUUCUGCUCACAGUUAUAUUAGGAAUCUAUUUUACUAUUCUUCAAGUAUUUGAAUAUUAUCAAGCACCAUUUUCAAUCGCCGACUCUGUUUAUGGCUCUACAUUUUUUGUAGCUACCGGAUUCCACGGGCUUCAUGUAAUCAUCGGAACGACAUUCCUCUUAAUUUGUCUUUUCCGCCACACACUUAAUCACUUUUCAUCUAACCAUCAUUUUGGGUUUGAAGCAGCCGCUUGAUACUGACACUUUGUUGAUGUUGUAUGACUCUUUCUUUUCGUGAGAAUCUAUUGAUGAGGAUCUUGUCUUUUUAGUAUAUAA